AUGGACGAGAAACCCGAAGAACAUACGGAGCAGGUCAGCGUGAGCCAGACGAGCAAGGAGGAGCGAGUCGGGGUUGAAGUCGAGGAUUCUGAGAAGGGCCAUGAGAAGAGCCAGAAGGUCGUCAGCCAUGAUGCGGACGAGGCGAUGAAGGCGUUUGCCGAAGGGGGUCCGAUCGAAUUGACGGCCGAGGAUAACAAGCGGCUGCUUAAGAUUAUCGACUGGCACCUCAUGCCCAUGAUGUGUGUUGUUUACGGGCUGAAUUAUCUUGAUAAGACGACAUUAUCCUACGCCAGCGUGAUGGGGUUGAAGAAGGAUAUCCAUCUCGUUAAGGACAAUUACCAAUGGCUCGGCAGCAUGUUCUACUUCGGAUACCUGGCGUGGGAGUAUCCUACCUCCGUCCUGCUGCAACGACUGCCUCUGGCCAAGUACUCUGCCUUUUGUAUCAUCGCAUGGGGUCUCAUCCUCACCCUCUUCGCUGUCGUGCAUAACUUCCCCGGUGCCGUUGCAAUUCGAUUCCUUCUCGGUGUCUUCGAGGCUGCUGUCACCCCCGGCUUUGCCCUCAUAACCUCCCAGCUGCUGCAGUGGUACACCAAACACGAACAAGCAACCCGCAUCAACAUCUGGUUCUCCUUCAACGGCUGGGCUCAGAUCUUCGGCGGGUUGGUCGCAUACGGCAUUGCCGUAGGUUCUCGCACGGUCGGUUCGGCCAUCGCACCAUGGAAAACUGUCUUCCUUCUUACAGGCCUCUUGACCGUCGCGCUGGGCGUGUGGUUCUACUGGCUGAUUCCAGAUAAUCAGCUUAAUGCCCGCUGGCUGAAGAAGGAAGACCGUAUCCUGGCCGUGGAGAGAGUGAGGGUCAACCAGCAGGGUAUCGGCAACAAGCACUUUAAGCUGUAUCAGUUCAAAGAAGCAUUGGCCGACCCGAUGACCUGGGCGUUUGUCUUUUAUGCCGUUGCAGCAGAUAUCCCUAAUGGCGGCAUCAGCAACUUCUUUAACCAGCUGAUCGUUGGAUUCGGGUAUACACCUGAGCAGAGUCUGCUCUACGGCACUCCCGCCGGUGCCGUCGAGGUUGUUGCCCUCCUCCUCAACGGGUUCCUCGGCGACUACUACCAGCAACGCAUUCUCGUCUCAUCAGGCGGCCUCCUCGUCGCAAUCGUUGGCACUGCUCUCAUGAUAGCUUUGCCCGAGAGCCUCUCCGUCGGCCGUCUGGUAGGAUACUACCUGACCCUGGCCUGCCCGACUCCCUUUGUGUGUAUACUGGGCUUGAUAUCCUCGAAUGUAGCAGGAUACACCAAGAAAACCACCGUUGCUGCACUGUACCUGAUCGGAUACUGUGUAGGCAACAUCAUCGGGCCACAAACAUUCCGCCCCGAACAUGCGCCUGAGUACACGCCGGCCAAGGCAACUAUCCUGGCAUGCUUCUCUGCCUGUCUGGUCGAUAUGUACUUCAUCUGGUGGUGGUAUAAUCGACAGAACGCAAAGAAGGCCAAGCUCAGAGCUGAGCCAGGCUAUACCAAGGUCGAAAACCAGGAGUAUGUCCCUUCUUCCCCUCCUCGUUCAUGA